GAGCGGGAAGGGUAUGGGCACCACUGAAGGGGGGCGGGAUAAUAAGAGGUCCCAGGCGUGGAUGGGGAUGGAGCCCCCGGCACCCGACUACCAGGUGCAGUUCCAGGCUGCUGUCAGGGUCAUCCAGGGCCUGCCCAAGAACAGUUCCUACCGCCCCUCCUACGAGGAGAUGCUUCGGUUCUACAGCUACUACAAGCAGGCAACAGUGGGCAGCUGUGCGAUCCCCCGACCCGGCUUCUGGGAUCCCAUUGGCCGGUACAAAUGGGAUGCAUGGAACAGCCUGGGGAAGAUGUCUAAAGAGGACGCCAUGGCUGCCUAUAUCUCGGAGAUGAAGAGAAUUGCUCAGAAGAUCAUCGACACGAUUCCCAUGGACAAGACCUCAGAGCACAUGUUUGGGUACUUCGAGCCUCUCUACGAUGUGAUACAUGACAUGCCCAGGCCCCCAGAGUCCUUUUUCAAGAGGAAAGCUGACGAAGAGGAGAAGGACCUUGAACCUACCAAGGAUGGGCAAGAGGAGAGACUGUCUGGGAACCAUGUGGAGGAACCUCCGUCUGGAGAACAGAAACAAGAGGAUCAGACCCUGGGAGGAGGGCUGGACUGUGCUGAUGAGGCACUUGAGAACAGCCAGCUGACCAGCGACUCAGAGAGCGAAGUGUUCUGUGAUACCCUGGAGCAGAUGGAGGCAGACCAGGCUGGUCAGCUCCUAGCCAAGAAGAGCUCUUCCUUGAGCAGCCCUUGCAGCAUCCAGGCCGAUGGGUUUGCUUCCUCCACACUAGAGAUGACUGAGGAAGGAUUGCUGGCUGAAGGCAGAAGACAAAAUGGAAGAAGCAGUAGAAGCCCCAUGGGUCUUGGCACCGAGAGAGAGCUACAAAUUGCCACAGCAGAGUGGGGAUCCGGAGGCAGCCUGGACACUGAUGUUGGGGCCCAGAGGAGCACAGGAGUGAGGUUGGAGCUGGAUGUGCAGGUGGCUGGAGCUAUCCAUGCCCUGCAGGACAAUAUGCAGAGCGUUAUGAAGAGGCUGAGCCAUCUAGAAACUGUGACUGCCGCACAGGUGAACGUGUCUGGACAAGGUCCUGACAAGCCACUUGCCUCCUUCACUGGACAGAAGCCAUCCCGAUGGCCCCUGGAGAUCUCUGCCCGUACCCUGCUGUUCCUCAUUGCAUGGCCCUUCAUUGUCCAGUGGUUGCUGCGGCAUUUCCAACGCAGGAAGAGGUGAUCUUGUCCUUGUUCAGCAGCCCUGGCCAAGUGGAAGACCCGGCAGCAGCAGGAAAGCACUGUCUUUGGGCUCGGGGGAGCAGAACUGACCCACCCCCCAGGCCUCCUGCCUGCUGGGGCAGGUCCAUCAUGGGUGAUUAGAGUGAUUCUGCUCCCCUGGAGCUGAAAAGGAAAAAAAGAAAAAAAAAAAGUCAAAUCAGGACUCUCAGGGGAUGACAGCGCUGUCCCCACAUGCCAAAGCAGCUUCUGUGAAUGACUGAUGAGUCCAAGUGCUUGGGACAAGGUGCCUGAUACAGCACUUACUCUUCAAACCUCGGAGUUAUACAUUCAGCUGGGUCUGACUGCAGCCUGGGCCUGCCCAGACCCUGGUCUUCUCUGCAGGAGAAGUUACCUGGUGGGGGGAUGGGGUGACCCACUCCUGACAACAGCAGCACCUCUGGGUCACUCUUUUUUUUCUCCACCCUGAUACUCAGGUUGCCUAUGUUACUACAGUAAUAUCUAAGGAAAUGUCCCCAUUAAAGAAAAGAUGGGUUUUCUUCCUCUGGAGAACAGCUGUCUCUCUAGCUGAAGGGUGGAUGGGCUGGUCUUCUGAAGUACACCCACCCAGCCGGCACAAAAAUAAAGACCUUGUUGGCCAUAGAGAGGAAAGA